AUGAUACGUCGUGAGAAGCGCGUCGAUGGGCGUCAUAGGUUUUUUGUGCAGUUGUUAGUAGCGGGAAAUCCAGGUGCGCGCGAUGAAAUGACGCCGGAGGAAGAACGUUUCCCGGGAAAGCGGAUCGGUUUGUGCGGGCGUCGGUGCAAUUUGCGUGGAGUAGUGGCAGCGCCGCCCUCGCCCCGCGGCGGUGACGAGGCAGCCCGUUACAUUUGCAUCGCGGUACGGAAUAACAUCGUUGCAAAUUUAGCUCUAACAGGUGAAACGGCCAUAGUUGAAAUACUGCGCUCGAGAUACGGACCGCUAGUCCCGCUAUCCAUCAUCCAGAAACCCCGGGGUCAGCAAGCCAGCGACGGGAUCGCCGAUAGAUGCCUAAGUCAC